GGCUCUUCAAUUCAGCCAGCCUUCGCUCUGGAGAAGCGCGCAGCGGAGGUGCGGAGAAGCUGAGCGCGGCCCUUCUGGGAAAAAAAGACGUCUUAAAGCCCGACGGGAGCCGGCUUAAAAAACAGGCAGCGCUACGGGCGUCCGCUCAGACUGAAGCCUUGCCCCCCCCUCUUUCAACUGCCCCCACCGCAGUUUGGGUGGCUGCACUUGUGAACUUUCGCCUUCCUUUUUUUAUUAAGGGGCGAAAGAGGCUGCAGGAGGUUUCAGGCAGUGCGCGGGGCAGCCCUAGAGGUGCAGCUCUUGCCCCCACCCUUGACCCUGAAUCCUCCCCAACAUGGCUCCCUCUCCUUUCCUUGCCCUCCUUGCCUCCUUCCUUCCUUUCCUGGCCGUGGCCUCUUCGGAGACUCACUACCAGCAGGGAUCCAGGGUGAUGCUCUACGUGAACAAAGUGGGACCUUACCACAACCCUCAGGAGACCUACCAUUACUACCAGCUCCCCGUCUGCUCCCCGACUCCCAUCCGCCACAAGAGCCUGUCCUUGGGGGAAGUGCUGGAUGGGGACCGCAUGGCCGAGUCCAUGUACGAGAUCCACUUCCGGCAGAAUGUGGAGAGCAAGAUCCUUUGCAAGAAGACGCUCUCCCCGGAUGAGGUAGAGCGCCUCCGGCAGGCCAUCGAGGAACUGUACUACUUUGAAUUUGUGGUGGAUGACUUGCCGCUCCGUGGCUUUGUGGGCUACAUGGAGGAGAGCGGCUUCCUGCCCCACACCCACAAGAUUGGCCUCUGGACCCACUUGAACUUCUACCUGGAGUGGAACGGCGAUCGUAUCGUCUACGCCAACGUCAGCAUUCGCAACGUGAAGCCCACCAGUUUGGAUGACAUCCAGGGCGUGCUGCCCGUCACCUACACCUACAGCGUCCAUUGGUCGGAGACCAGCGCGGAACGUCCAGGGGAACGCCGAGGAGGCCUCAACGGGGACGACGGCUUCUUCCCUCACACCCUGGAGAUCCACUGGCUCUCCAUCAUCAACUCCAUGGUGCUGGUGUUCUUGCUGGUGGGCUUUGUGGUGGUCAUCCUCAUGCGGGUCCUCAAGAAUGACCUGGCCCGCUACAACCUGGACGAGGAGGCCUCUUCGUCCUCCUCAGGAGAUGACUUUGAUCAAGGGGACAACGGGUGGAAGAUCAUCCACACGGACGUCUUCCGGUUCCCACCGUACCGCAGCCUCCUCUGUGCCGUGUUGGGCGUGGGCAGCCAGUUCCUGGCCUUGGGCACCGGCAUCAUUGUGAUGGCUUUGCUGGGCAUGUUCAACGUCCACCGUCACGGGGCCAUCAACUCGGCCGCCAUCCUCCUCUAUGCCCUGACCUGCUGCAUCUCUGGCUACGUGUCCAGCAGCUUUUAUCGCCAGAUCGGGGGCGAGCGGUGGGUCUGGAAUAUACUGCUGACCACCAGCCUUUUCUCCGCUCCCUUCUUCCUGACCUGGAGCGUGGUGAACUCCGUCCACUGGGCCAACGGCUCCACUCAGGCCUUGCCGGUCUCCACCAUCUUCCUGCUGCUGACCGUCUGGCUGCUGGUGGGCUUCCCGCUGACGGUCAUCGGCGGCAUCUUUGGCAAGAAUCGGGCCACGCCCUUCGACGCCCCCUGCCGCACCAAGAACAUCGCCCGGGAAAUCCCGGCCCAGCCCUGGUACAAGUCCACCCUGGUGCACAUGACCAUCGGAGGCUUUCUGCCCUUCAGUGCCAUUUCGGUGGAGCUGUACUACAUCUUCGCCACCGUCUGGGGCCGGGAGCAGUACACCCUGUACGGCAUCCUCUUCUUCGUCUUCGCCAUCCUGCUGAGUGUCGGGGCCUGCAUCUCCAUCGCCCUCACCUACUUCCAGCUGUCGGGCGAGGACUACCGCUGGUGGUGGCGCUCCAUCCUCAGCGCCGGCUCCACCGGCCUCUUCAUCUUCCUCUACUCGGUCUUCUACUACACCCGCCGCUCCAACAUGUCCGGCACGGUGCAGACGGUGGAGUUUUUCGGCUACUCGCUGCUGACCGGCUACGUCUUCUUCCUCAUGCUGGGCACCAUCUCCUUCUUCGCGUCGCUGAAGUUCAUCCGUUACAUCUACGUCAACCUGAAGAUGGACUAGGCGCCCUUCCGUGGCUCCUUCGUGGCUCGGGUGGGCGUGGUCAGUCCGCGGACCACGUCCGGCCUUGCUUUGGAAGUCUCUUUCCGGCUGGCUUCUCCAAAACACCGGCUAUUUAUGAUUCGUCCUUUUCUCGGCUGGACUUUGGGAGGGUGUCCCAGCUUAGCGUCGUGGUCCCCGCUGAGCUGCCACAAAACGGGACAGGAGCAGCCUUACGUUCUCUCCUGCUGGUCAGGACAGGUAGCCAAUCAGCGACCCUCCGACACGUCCUCUGGCCAAUCAAAUAUCUUCUGCUACAGGAUACUCCCUUUUAAAGUUAAAAACCGCCUUCCUUGCACUGAAAUGAAUUGCCGAUUUGCCCUCCUGGCCGCUGGUGGGGACGAAAACAUUUCGAGAUAUUUCAAUUUUUCCCUCCACUUUUAGUUCAAUACACAUAUUCCUAGGCCAAGGGUAGGCCACCUUGGCUCUUUUAUGACUCGUGGACUUCAACUCCCAGAAUUCCUGAGCCAGCAUGGCUCAGCUUGGAAACCUCUCCCUCUCCCCUCAGCACGGCUGGCUGAGGAAUUCUGGGAGUUGAAGUCCAUGAGUCAUGAAGGGGCCAAGAUGGCCUACCCCUGACCUAGACGUUUAGUUAUUUUAUUCCCUCAGUUGAUUAUCAAAUAGAAGCUGCACACUUCUGGAUAUUUUAUUAUUUUUCUCCUGUUGGCUGUAUCAGUUCAAUGGGUAGAAGCUACAAUUGGCUCAAGACACAUAUUCCUAGAUAUUUUAUCAUUUUCCCCCCUGUUGAUUAUCAGAUAGAAGCUACAUUUCAUUCAAUACACAUUUCUAGAUAUUUUACUACUUUUUUUCCCUGUUGACUUUAUCAUCUGUUCAAUGGAUAGAACCUACAACUGGCUCAAGACACAUAUUCCUAGAUGUUUCAUCAUUUUUUUUCUCCUGCUAUCUGAUCAGUUCAAUGGAUAAAGGCUACAUUUAGUUCAGCACACAUAUUCCUAGAAUGAUAUUUUAUCAUUUUUCCCUUGCUAUCUGAUCAGUUCAAUGGAUAAAAGCUACGUUUAGCUCAACACACAUAUUCCUAGAUAUUUUAUCAUUUUUCCCUUGCUGACUAUCUGAUCAGUUCAAUGGAUAAAGGCUACAUUUAGUUCAACACUUAGAUAUUUUAUCAUUUUUCCCUUGCUGACUCUGAUCAGUUCAAUGGAUAAAAGCUACAUUUAGUUCAACAAACAUAUUCUUAGAUAUUUUAUCAUUUUUCCCUUGCUGACUAUCUAAUCAGUUCAAUGGAUAAAGGCUACAUUUAGUUCAACACACAUAUUCCUAGAAUGAUAUUUUAUCAUUUUUCCCUUGCUAUCUGAUCAGUUCAAUGGAUAAAAGCUACGUUUAGUUCAACACACACAUAUUCUUAGAUUAUUUUCUCAUUUUUUCCCUGCUGCUUAUCUGAUCAAUAGGUAGAAGCUACAUUUGGUUUCAAUAUACAUUUCUAGAUAUUUUAUUAUUUUUCCCUAUGGUCUCUCUAUAAUCAGUUCAAGAGGUAAAAACCUACGUUCGGUUCAACACACCUCCCUUUCUUUUAAUGCAUUCCCUCUCUCUCCCCAGAUCUCAAAAAACAUUUUCAUCUCGUUUCCCCCCUUUUUUCCAGAGUUCUUGUUUUGUUUCAGGAAAAGAUCCCAGCCAGCCAUCACCAGAUACUUUCAAACCUGACCUAGCCUAGAGAGAGAUGGAUCAACCGGCUGAUCUCAGCCAGAUCAAACUAGGUCCUGAUAGCCAAGAGACGCGUUUGAAGUUCAGAAUUCAGGAGAAUGUGACUUGGUUGGGACAGCCCUAACCUUUAUGGGAGCUUCCCCAGGCUGCUACGGUCCAGAAUAUUCUGAGUUUCAUACUGUUAGGGCUGAUGGGAAUUGUGGUCGGAGAGCAACGGGGAUUUCCUUCCACCAAGGACCGUUUUGGCGAAGAAAAAUAAAAACUGUGCUUUCUCCUGUCGGAGGGAAAUGGGAGAUUCCGUGAAAUUUGGGGGGGGGGGGUGUUUCCAUCCAAGCUGGUUUUAACGUCAUGCAACUUUUAAGAGUCACUGGUGAGACUGGCAGAAGUAAUCGGAUAAUUGUCUUCAGGGAUCUGUGCAAAGGAUUUGAAGUGCAAUGCUUUUCAAACUUGGGAGCUGUAAGAUGUGUGGGACUUGCAACUCUCAGAAUGCCCCAGUCCCACACAUCUUGCAGCUCCCAAGUGUGAAAAACACUUAAGGGGUUUCUGCUGUUGAAUGUUAAUCACCUGGUAAAUGAGAUCAUUUGUCCUCCGUCAAACAGAUCUUUCACUCUGGUUCACCAAGAUGUUUUUCUUCCUCUUCCUCACCUCCUUUGUACAAUACUCACAAGGUGUCUGGCUCUCUCUCCCAGUACAGGUAAGAGAGAGAGAAAAAAACCUCCCGUCUCUUCCCACCUGGGCGAAGAAAAUAUAUAUUAUAUUAAGGAAAAAAAAGUAUAUAUAAGGAAUUAUGUAUAUUAGCAAGGGUUGAAGUUGGAUUAUUUUUUAAUUUGACGUCUCGGUUCCGCGUUUCUUUUUACAGAUCUUGAAGUUAAAUUUUAUUAAUAAAAAGGAAAUGGAAAAACUCAAAAAAAAAAAA